CCCAGUUCCGUUAUGUAUACGAGUAGACAUGGCUGAGGAAUCUGCGACCUCUAAUGGCUCAUUACGAAAUUUCACGACUCACGAGAGUACAAGUAAAAGAGGAUGGUUAUUCAAGCGCUCGCACUUCACUCACCGAUGGAAACCAGCGUGGUUUGUGUUACACGAAACGCAGCUCAUGUAUGGCAAGAAUGAAACGGCACCACUAAAGAAAAUCAACCUUAUUGGUGCCCAAGUAAAAGAAGCUGAUUCCAGUGAUCAGGAGUACAUGUGGACAGUUACACCAUUAGACAGCAGAAGGACCUUCUUCCUCAGAGCUGGAAGUGAAGUGGAACAGCAGGAAUGGAUGGAGGCAGUGGCUGAAGUGUUGAUGAAGUUCUCCAAAGGAGGCUCCUACCACGCUUGCACUGUGCAGUAGGGAUCUUUUUGGGCAAAAACACGAGCUACACGUACAAAUGUUUUCAGUGGAAUAUUUUGCUUAAUGU